AUGAGUACCUUUGCCAUGGCCGCAGCGGUGGUGAAGCUGCUCAUUGUACUUCAAUGGGUACCUUACGCGUCGGCAAGAUUACUCGGCUCGUCCUUCGGACUGCCGAUUUUUGACAUCUUCAACGUUACCGCACCUGUCAUCUUUGAUUACAUCUGUGUUGGAGCCGGUACGGCCGGUAUUGCAGUGGCGGUCCGUCUCGCCGAGGCGGGGAACACCGUCGCUUUGAUCGAAGCCGGUUCUCUUCACCAGCUGGGAAACGGCAACUUCAGCCAGGUGCCAUUGUACGCUUCUGCCUUUCAGCACACUUAUCCCGGCUCCCUCAUAAAUCCGUUGGUCGACUGGAAUCUGACCACUACCCCGCAAGCCGGUCUCUUACGACUCUACCCGCAGGGAAAGGCGGUUGGGGGGACGUCCACCCGGAGCCACCAAGCAUUCACGUUUGCGCCCAAGAGCAGCUACCAGGAGUGGGCAGAUGCCGUGGGUGACCAAUCGUACAACUGGGAGGGGUUUUCCCCUCACCUGAUCAAACCAGUCAAUUUCACCGCCCCAUCGUCGUACCGCUUCCCGAACAGCACCGCACGGCACCCGCCGGACUGGACGAGUCAUACCUCCGGCCCACUGCAGCUUGGGUUCAGUAACUAUGCCUGGCCGUGGGCGUCUUGGGUCAAGAAGGCCCUUAUCGGACUGGGCUUCGAAGAAAACCCCGACGGCUUCGUUGGCGGCUCGCUUCAAGGCGUCGGCUAUCAGCUUUCGACGCUUGAUGCCACGUCCUUCACAAAAGAGACGUCGGAUAGCAGUUACCUCGAGAGACUGGGCAUGGACAACGAGAACCUCGUCGUCUACACCAAUUCCCUGGUAACCCGGAUCCUCUUGGACGAUUCCAAGACUGCCAACGGUGUUGAGGUGGACUAUGGCGGUCUAAUGCUCAAAUUGGCUUGCAGAAAGGAGGUCAUCGUGUCGGCCGGCGCUUUUCGCUCUCCCCAGCUCCUCAUGCUGUCCGGAAUCGGCCCCGGAACAACCCUUGAGCAACAUGGAAUCUCCGUCGUCUCCGAUCUUGCCGGAGUAGGCCAGAAUCUUGGGGACCAGGUAUGCGCUGGGAUCAGUAGGCGUGUCGGGGUCCCUACGACGGCGGAGCUUCAAUGGAACGAGGACACCGCGGCACAAGCCCUCCGGGACUAUGAAUCAAGUCCGCCCAGGGGUCCGUAUACCUCGUAUGCGGGAGACUUGCUCGCCUUUGAGAAGUUGCCCGAGAAGUACCGGCAGCUGCUCCCAAAGUCCGUACGCGAAUCUCUUGAUUCGCUCAACGCCGACGUGCCUGAGCUGGAGUUUGUGGCCUUCUCGGCGUACGGUGGCCCUCAUACCGGCUUUCUCGGAAGCCCUGACGGGCACAACUGGGCGACUCUGGCCGUCGCCGUAGCCUCUCCGUUUUCCCGCGGCAAUGUCAGCAUCGCGUCGAACAGGGCACGAGACAACCCCCUGGUCAACCCCGCGUGGAUGAGCGACACUCGCGACGCUCAAAUAGCUCUCCAAGCGUUUCGGCGUUUGCAGGAAAUCCUGAACAGCACGAUUCUGGCACCGGUGCUGGUCGGCCAGGAAGCCUUUCCGCCCGCCUCCCUACUACAAACUGACGCGCAGGUCCUCGAAUUCGUCAAGACGUACGCCAACCCGCUUUUCCAAGCUUCGGGUACGGCCAAGAUGGGCCGGGAAAGCGACCCGAUGGCCGUCAUCGACUCCAAAGCCCGCGUGUUCGGUGUCAAUGGCGUCCGCGUCGUCGACGCAUCCGCUUUGCCGGUACUUUUACCAGGCCACAUUCAGGGAACCAUCUAUGGGCUCGCGGAAAAAAUUGCAGAUGAUAUUAUCCGCCAGAAAAAGGACGUCGUGGAACCAAGACCAUAUCUUAGUGACUUGGAUACUGAGCAGGUGCCGAUGGAAAUGUAG